GAACCAUCUGAGAGUAAAGCUACACUACACUUCACUACAGCUGUAGAAUCCUGACCAGAAGAAAAUAAGAAGACUGUGAGCUUUUCUAACAUGAUGCCUACAGCUAAAGGCAUAUCCCUCAUGAUGCCCAAUCACGUUCUGAGAGUGGGUCAGACUAUCCGCCUGGACUCGGCACAGGAGACAGUUAAUCAACAUCCCAAUCGAACUGAACCCAGCAGUAACCAUGGUGACACCGAUCUCGACAUUUCCCUGGAGAAUCUCAACCAGCUCAUCCUGGAACUGGAUCCGACAUUUGAACCCAUCCCGAUCAACAAAAGUCCCCCAUGCAUCAGUCCUCCUACAGAUGACUCAGAUGAAGAUGUCUCCAACUGCAUGCUGGUCCCUAGAGGAUGUCCUCCCUGCUCCUCGCCUGAGGUGCUCCUGUCUGUGUCACCCAGUAUCCCCAUCCCUACACCCACCAGUCUCAGCUGCAGUCCCCAUGGCACGGUGGUCUUCUCCAACUCCCCGUCGUCCUCUCUACCUCCGCUGCCAUUUGGAAGUGCACCCCGACGAAAUCCCUCACUGAGGCAUGACAUAUCCUGCUCCCAAGGAUCCCUGCGAUUGUCACACUCAAAUAGAAACAGUGCCGCCUCACUCCUCUCCACAUCAACAUGCUCAGAUACCAGCUACAUGCUUGGCAGCAACCUGUCCUUGGCCAGUGAAGACACUGACUCUCCAGAGUCCAUCCUUACUCUCACGUCCGGAUCCUUCACUGACGGGUCCAGAACGAGACCCUUUGACCCCCGGCACAGCCCAGACAGGCCCUCUCUGACCAAGCGAGGACAUUUACCGGAACUUCACAGCAAAGGAGCACAGAGCAGUCCUGCUUCACUCUCUGGGUCUUUGACUGAUAUCCCUGUACUGCUAGUCAAUGGUGAACCACAGCUGGAUCUGCAGAUCAACCCGUCUCCUGGACUAGAAACAGACUUCACACAGACCAACUCGAAACCAUUUUCUCCUCACAGUUUCCAAGCCCAUUUUAAUGGAAGUCAGCCCUCAAUGAAAUUUGUCAUGGACACUUCAAAAUUUUGGUUCCGUCCACAUAUCAGCAGAGCAGAAGCUGAUGCUCUGGUAAAGGACAAGGAACCAGGAACAUUUGUGGUGAGAGACAGCACUUCCUACAAAGGCAGUUUUGGUCUGGUCAUGAAGGUGGACCAAUCACAAACCAAUAUCUCUGCAACUGCCUACCCCGGAGAAAGCAGUUCUGAUCUUAUCAGACACUUCCUUAUUGAAUCAUCAGCUAAGGGUGUACGCAUCAAAGGCUCUUCUCAGGAACCAUACUUUGGCAGUCUCUCAGCCCUGGUCUACCAGCACACUAUUUCUGCUUAUGCUUUACCCUGCAAAUUACUGCUCCACUCUCAAGAGCUGUGCACGGGAGAACAGAGGGCAGCUGACAAACCAGCAUCAGAGGACAAGACAAAAAAAGCCUCCAACUUUGUUUACCUGAAUGCCGUCCCCACUGAGACACUGACAGGACCUUGUGCAGUGCAGAGGGCGGUGUCUUCAACAAUAGAGAAGGCCUCGGGUUCCUUCACUCCUACCAUAGUAAACCUGAAGGUGUCUAUGAAGGGUGUGACUAUGACAGACAUCAACAGGAAGCUCUUCUUCAGACGCCAUUUCCCUAACCACCUGCUUAGCUACAGUGGGGAAGAUCCAGAUAAUCGACAGUGGCUCAGAGGUUCAAGUUUUGGUGCAAGGCUGUUUGGCUUGGUGGCAAAAGGUGCGGAAGCCAGCAUGGAGAAUGUGUGCCACGUCUUUGCAGAAUAUGACCCCCUACAGCCCUGCAACAAAAUUGUCGAGGUUAUUCAGGAUACUAUAGCCAAGCUGUAGGUGCACAAUGACUGAGACGACAUGAAACAGCACGGGGUGUUAAGCCCUGAUUUACACUAUCUCCUCCUAUACUGUACUUUUCUCAGGUAGCUGCUGUUGUUUCUCUAUAUGCCUCACCAGAUUACAAUACCAGCAAAAUCUGAAUUUGAGAUGCAGACUCAUUUCAGAUGAUAAGUCAUUUAAAUGACAGGUAUAACUGUGGCAUACAUGAAGAUAUACAGGACUGAAAAAACUUUCAAGCAAGAAGAUAAAAGACGAGAAAGCAACAACUUAUGAUUGUAAAAAAAAAAAUAUGAUAGUUAAAAAUAUCUGAACAGCUAUACUUAUUAUAUAAAGCUGUUGGUUGGGAGUGGGGCAUUUUAUGUCAUUGAUUUGUCUAAUUUCUCAAUGUUAGAAAGAUUCCUAUGGAAAUUGAGGUGUAAAUCUGCACUAGCUGAUGCUAGAUAGUAUAAAAUAUUGAUGAGAGAUUUAAAGGUUCUGUUAAUAGUCUGGAAGAAAACAACUGAAAUACUGUCAUGUCCUGUCAUUUCAAACAAAAACUAUGCAGAUACCCUAUAUGUAUAGUUCAGAAUAUAUUUAUUAUAAUGCACUGUAAACUAUUUCUUCUCUGUAUAUUCACUGACUUGUUUUUUCAAAUUGUUAUGAUGAAAAAUAAACAUGUUGAAAUAGUGAAA